GUAUAAUAUAAUUAUUAUAAAUGUAAUAUAUCUUAGCAUUUGGUGUGGAUGUAUAUUCUUAUCUAACCUUCUCACUCAAACCUCUCUUCUUUGUCUCUACUUUUUAUCUUUUUUCUUUGGGUUUUAUCUCUUCUCUUGCAUCUCUACCUUGCUCCCACCACAAGCAACUUCUCUUACCUUGAUUUUGGAGAUUUCUUUGCUCUCUCUUUCUCUAUAACCUUAUCUUUCAUCUUGCUUUUGUGGGUAAAGGAGAUGGCAGAGUUUAACAGAGAAGAAUAUUUUGCUGCCAAUAACAUUGAGUCAACAUCCGUGGGCAAGAAGUAUGGUGGGCUUGUCCCAAAGAAAAAGCCUUUGAUAUCCAAAGAUAAUGAAAGGGCAUUUUUUGAUUCAGCAGACUGGGCAUUAUGCAAGCAAGGUGCUGGAAUGAAUCAACAAUCUACAGCAGCCGUAGAGACCCUACGACCAAAACUACAGAGAACUCCACAUCAGCAGCUUCCCCCAAGAAGACCUGCAUGCACAUCUGGUUGAGAUAAAUUCGGAGAUUAGAUUCAACAAUUGGCACAAGGAUUUGCUCAUGAGUUAAUUUUAUAAAUUUCAUGAUGUUCUAGCUGGUCUCAUGUAUAUAUAUUACCAUUAGUUCACUUGAUGCUUUUGAUUAUUGGCAGUUAAAUAAAAGUCUAUUUCAAUUUCUUUUUA